CGUGAGACGCAGCCGCGCUGGUAGUGCUGACACCAACGGCGAGAAGAGUGUCACUAACUCCAUCGCCAACCUUACUGACCCACCCACAAUGAAGAUGUCAAAGGAUCCGGAGUUCAAUCACCACGGCCACUCCCACAACCACAGCCACAUGCCAAUAACGCAAGUUGAUGACGUCACAUCCGCAUUGCGUGGUUUGCUCAUUGUGCUGGCUCUUUCCAUUCACGAGUUGUUCGAAGGUCUGGCGGUCGGUUUGGAGUCCUCUACGUCUCAUGUCUGGUACAUGUUGGGAGCAGUUUCCGCCCACAAGCUAGUCAUUGCCUUUUGUAUCGGUGUAGAAUUGAUAGCUACACGCACAAAGACAUGGCUUUCUGUGGUCUACAUCACGACAUUCGCUAUUGUGUCCCCAUUGGGCAUUGGCAUUGGACUUAUUCUUGUCGGCGGACAAGGCGCCACGGCAGCGGGUGUUUACUCUGUAGUCCUGCAGGGAUUGGCCUCAGGAACACUGUUAUACGUCAUCUUCUUUGAAAUAUGGAAGAGCGAUAGAACGGGCAUUCUCCAAUACUUCGCGGCUCUCGUAGGAUUUGGACUCAUGUUCGGAUUACAGUUGCUGACGGGCCAUUCUCACAGUCACUCGCACGGAGAUGACGACCACGGACAUUCUCAUGACCACGGCCACUCGCAUGACCACGGUCAUUCCCACGACCAUUGAAUAAUAAAACACCCAAAGUGACUGUGAAUUCACCCGUCAUCAUACUAGAGUUCUAAAGCAUACCAUUCAUGUUACAUGCAGUUUUAUUAUACUUACUCGUGCACAAUAACGUGAUACUCCAGUCUGACGUCAUAGUAGAACACAAAAUACAACGUAA